AUGGCAGGUAGAAAAGUUUGGGGGUUGAAGCAGCUGUAUCUGCAGAUGUCAUGCAAGAGAAGAAAGUUUGAAGCUUUCUUCAGGAGAUGGGCCUCAACCUCAUCACAAGUGCAUGAGAAUUGCAAAGCCUCACUGCUGAAGAAAUUGAAUGCCAAGAUUCCUGAAGAGAGCGACAAUGUCUGCAUCUACCGAGUCCCCACAAAACUGCGUCAAGUAGAGGCAAAGGCAUAUGAUCCAAGCAUUGUAUCGAUCGGCCCUUAUCAUCAUGGAGAUCAACACUUGAAAGAAAUGGAGGAGGUAAAGCUAAAAUUUUUCCACAGGGUUUUCAAGUCAAGACAAGAAGGUGAAGACGAACUAGACAGAGUGAUUUCAGCAAUGGAGAAACUAGAGCCAAGGGCUAGGAGUUGUUACGCAGACGAUGUUAAGCUGAGCAGAGACGAGUUCAUUGAGAUGAUGACCAUCGAUGGCUGCUUCAUCCUGCAGCUCCUGAGGGAGCAUCUCCCGGAGAUACAGGAUCAGGACCGGAAAAGGCAAGCGCACAUGAUCCGAUCUGUAACUGCGUUAAAGGAAGCAGGAGUAGUCCUUGAGAAAUCACCCAAUGACAGGGCAUUGGACGUCCAAUCCGAGGGAAGGUUCCUGAAGAUUCCGCCACUCCACAUCGACGAUCACAGAGGCACCUUGUUCCGCAACAUGGUGGCCUUCGAGCAAUGCCACAAGAAAUGCAAACCCAACGCGACGGCAUAUCUAUUCUUCUUUGACGGGCUCGUGAACUCGGCGGACAAUGUGGAAAUCCUCCAUUACAAAGGCAUAGUCCACCACUCCCUCGGAAGUAACGAAGAGACGGCGAAUCUGGUGAACAAGCUGUGCAGAGAAGUGGACUGGGAUGGAGAAGAGUCGUAUCUGCACAAAGUGGUGUGCGAAGACAUUGGCGUCUACUUCAUGAGCGCUCACGCGAAGCUCAGAGGGCGCCUCGUUCAUUACUACUUCAACAACUGGACAGUCGGAAUUUCGACUGUGGCAGGAUUGUUCGCGCUAUAUCUGACGCUAAUCCAAACAGGUUGCAGUGUCGCUGAUGCACUAGAAUAUAUGCAGGAGGAAAGCUUCUGCUCAUACCUAAGUCUAUCAUUUUUUCUGCCCUUCUCUCGCCCCUUCAUGCCGCUAGAUCAAAAGGAUUUGAACAAGGAAUGA